AUGAAACGCGUCGCUUUGUUCCCUGGCCAAGGGGCGCAAUGCAUCGGGAUGGGAGUUGCCUGCGCACGCUCGCAUGCUCCCUCCCGCCGACUGUUUGAGGAGGCCUCGGAGAUUCUACAGUACGAUUUGCUGCGGCUCCUAGAGGAGGGCCCCUCGGACAAAAUCAACAAGACGGGUGUGGCGCAGCCGGCGCUCCUCACGACGUCGCUUGCUGUGUACACCAAGUGGAGAGACACCGCAGAAGAGCCGGUGCAGUUCGAUGCCUGCGCUGGCCUUUCCUUAGGCGAGUACUCAGCCCUCUGCUUUGCAGGCGUGCUGUCCUUUAAAGACGCCGUGGCGUUGACUGCUCAACGCGGAUCGCUCAUGCAGAAAGCGGCAGAGGAGCAUCCAGGGGACAUGUUCGCCAUCUUGGGUCUGGGGAAAGAAGACACAGAAAGGCUGUGCGCAGCAGCAGCAGCCGCUGCUGCUGCCACGGCUGCCGAGAGCAAGUGCGUGGACGGCAGCAGGCCUGGCGGCAGCGGGAGUGCUGCACACUGCGGGGUAGCAAACUACUUGUGCAAGGGAAACUAUGCGGUUUCCGUAUCGCGCGCGGCUGCACAGGCGCUGCAGGAGGCAGCAACGGCAGCCAAGGCAAAGCGCUGCAUAAAGUUGCAGGUAGAUGGAGCAUUCCACUCCCCCCUGAUGGCUCCUGCAGCAGAGGGCCUCGCUACGGCCAUAGAGUCUGUCCCGUUCAACAAGCCGCGAAUUCCCAUCGUUCUGAAUGUCGAUGCACAAAUCCACACAGAUCCGAGCGUCAUUAAACGCAAACUCCUCCAACAGCUCACGAGCCCUACUCAGUGGCAGCAGUCCAUGGAGCACCUUGGAGAGCUCGGGGUAGAAGAAUCCGUAGAGUUCGGGCCGGGUGCAGUCCUCACCAAGCUUAUGAACAAAAUCAACCCCACAGUCCGUACGCUGCACGUCGAAUAA